UCCGGGAUACAACAAACACGCGGAAAUCCUCACAGGAAGGUGCAGUCAUGACGAGAUGGGCGAGAGCCAAUAACGUCCACAAGCACAAACCAGCAGAGGCCACUCCAUGGACUGAGCUUAGAGCCAGGGGACGAGGUCAGCCAAGCAGCUCUGGUGACCACCUAAGGGGGACACAGUCUGGUGGAUCCGCUGUGAAAAGACCAAACCGCAAGAAGAAGGAUUACGACAAUGAGGAUGUGAACGGAUUCAUGGAGUUUCUCCAGCAGAAGGGACAGCCACUGCCAGGAGCUGGUAAUCAAGGCAAGGAGCAGGGCCAGGAUUUCAGGGAAGAGGUAGCAAUGGCCUUGAAGAAAGACAGGAGAAGAGAGGACAGAAGGAUAAAGAGACAGACAGACAAAAAGAGCAGCAUGAUGUGUUUUAACUGCAGGAAGCCAGGUCACGGUUUGGCAGACUGUCCAGAGGCAGACGGAGACGAGGAGAUGGGCCGAGACAUCUGCUAUCGCUGCGGCUCCACUGAACAUGAAAUCCACAAAUGUAAAGCAAAAAUUGACCCGGCUCUCGGUGAUUACCCGUAUGCAAAGUGCUUCAUCUGUGGUCAGACUGGACACUUGUCGCGAUCCUGCCCAGAUAAUCCGAAGGGAAUGUAUGCACAAGGAGGCUCCUGUCGUGUUUGUGGUUCAGUGGAACAUUUUCAGAAGGACUGCCCGGAGCACCAGGCUGCAACUAACUCUGUGACGGUGGGCUGGUUGUCCAACAACAUGAGCGCAGACCAUGAGGAAGUACACCUUCCAGUGAAGAAAACCAAACCCAAACCGACUAAGGUGGUGAAGUUUUGAGCUGCUAAGAUGAUCUGUAGCUCAAGGACAGAAUUCUGACACGAGUUUCAUUCACACAAUUCAUAUAUGUAUCUCUAACCAACCCCUGUUCUGUUUUACAUCGAGUAUUUGCCUUCACACACAGUGAAGUGGUUUAGACACAUUCUAAUAUAUUUGUUUAUAGCUAAAGUCCCUUCAAUAAAAUGUUACACCCAUA